UGAUUUAAUUUGUUGUUUUGUUAAGCCUAGUUAAUGAAUUUUUUGCAAAAUUGCUAACGCAGUGUCACCACUCCCUCAGAAAGUGCAAAACAUAAAUUCCCUAGGAACACCAGUGUGUUAUUAUUUUUUCAUCUCCAGAAGUUAAAUAAUUAUAUUAUGACUAUUAUUACGUUUCCUUCAAUAUUAAUUUGUUAAAAUCGUUUUGUGCAGUGUCUGGCGGAAACUACAGCGAAAAUGGGUGAUAAAAUAAAGAAUAUUCCUGAGCAAAAAUUAAAAGCUUUUUCGAUCGGUACAAUGGGGAAAAGGACACUAUCUAAGAAAGAAUUGGAGGAACAACGGAAAAAAGAAGAGGAAAGGGCUGCGGCUCAUGUUUUUGAGGAAUUCGUCGCUACUUUUCAAGAGUCUCCCAUUAGUAGUUCUAGUAAAGUGUGGGUUAAAGCGGGGACUUAUGAUGCGGGAGCGAGAAAGGAAGACACUAAGGAUAAGGGGAAGUUGUAUAAACCUCAGUCUAGACUAGCCCCAACUGAAUUAAUGGCAUCAACUGAAAAAGCACAAUUUUAUGCAAAAUUAAUAUCGGAUAAAAAGCCUGAAAGAUUAGGGAAAAAGAAACAACACACGAAGAGCAACCUAGAAGCGUUUAAAGAGGAAUUAAGACAAAUUCAAGAGGAGCGAGAAGAAAGACACAAGUACAAAGGGGUCCUACGGACCCCAAUGGAGUCAGAACUGGACAUGUUUUUACGGAGUGGUGACUUGGGGUCAUUUGAUAACGGUGAUCCCACUACCACGAAUCUUUACCUUGGUAACCUAAACCCUAAGAUAACUGAGCAACAAUUAAUGGAAAUUUUUGGUCGUUACGGCCCCCUUGCUAGUAUUAAAAUAAUGUGGCCCCGGUCCGAUGAGGAGAAGGCCCGUGGUCGCAAUUGCGGGUUUGUUGCUUACAUGAGUCGCAAAGACGGCGAAAGGGCUCUUCGUAAUUUAAACGGCAAAGAAAUCCUCGGCUAUGAAAUGAAGCUAGGAUGGGGAAAAUCGGUAAUAAUCCCUCCACACCCCAUUUACAUCCCUCCCGCGCUCCUUGAGUUGUCGUUUCCGCCCCCACCGUCAGGUCUACCCUUCAAUGCGCAACCCUGUGCCAGAGACAAAGACGUUUUGCCCAAAUCGGCGGAGGAACUUAACGAAAUUUUGACACGAAGCGUCGUCAAAGUUGUUAUUCCAACCGACAGGAAUUUGUUAAUGUUGAUACAUCGAAUGGUCGAGUUUGUGGUGCGGGAGGGCCCCAUGUUGGAGGCCAUGAUCAUGAACAGGGAGAUACACAACCCGAAUUACAGGUUUCUUUUUGAAAAUCAAAGCCCGGCACAUAUCUACUACCGGUGGAAACUCUACUCGAUCAUGCACGGGGAUUCCCAGAAGGAAUGGAGCGUGAAAGAGUUUCGGCUUUUCAAAAGUGGCUCAAUUUGGAAGCCCCCACUUAUGAAUUCUUACACUGCCGGAAUGCCUGAUGAAUUGGUUAACGACGAUGAGGGGAAAGAAAACACGAAGGGGUCACUCUCAAACACCCAACGUGACCGAUUGGAAGACUUGAUAAGGUCAUUGACCCCAGAGAGGAGCAAAAUCGGGGAGGCUAUGGUUUUCUGCAUUGAGCAUAGUGAUGCCGCUGAGGAAGUCGUCGAGUGUAUCACUGAAUCACUAUCAAAUGCUUCGACUCUUAUCACUAAGAAAAUUGCAAGACUUUAUCUAGUUUCCGAUAUUUUGCACAACUGUGGUGUAAAAGUCAACAAUGCGUCCUACUAUCGCAAAGCAUUCGAGUCAAAACUCGUAGAUAUAAUGACAGAAGUGAAGAAAUCCUACGAUAAGUUGGAGGGGAGGUUGCAGGCUGAGGGUUGCAAGUUGCGAGUUUUGAGAAUAUUGCAAGCUUUGGACGAUUCGAUUUAUCACAAAGAUUACGUUAAUAAAUUACGAACCAUUUUCUUGGGUAUUAAAGAACCGGUGAGGGAACCAAAUGAUCAAAUGAUCGAUUUAAUGUCACAUUUGUGUUGUCAGGAACCUAAAGAAGAUCCAGUUGUUGAGUCAAAUAUUGAUAUAGAUGGCGACCCCUUGCAAGACCAGCCUGAGACCGACGAUGAUGUCCCAAUGGACGGAGCAACGUUGCUUAAAAGUGCAAUGAAACGUUACAAAAACACCACAAUUUCAAAUGAUGAUAUCGACGGGAAGGAAAUUGUUGAUGAUCCUAAUGAUGUUGUGCUCCCUCAGAAGAAACCAGCGGUGGCGCCUUUGUCAGGUUUCAUCAUGUCAAAGUGGGAAACAAUCGAUCCUGAGCAAGUUGAAGCGCAAGCUAUGACUACAAGUAAGUGGGAUUUGUUGGGAAGUAGUGCUGAUCCUAGUCAAGAUGGUUCCUCAAAUGAUAAGGAAGAUUCCAUUGAUUAUACCGAUACGAGAAAUAUGACAGAAGAAAGAAGAAACAAAUUGAGGGAAAUUGAAGUGAAAGCUGUACAAUACCAAGAUGAGUUAGAGUCGGGCCAAAGGGCUUUGAAGACUGGAUGGACAUUACCCCAACAAGUGGAACACUAUAGAAGAAAGUUGUUGAAGAAAAGUGAAAAAGAAAGGAAAGACAAAGAUCCGAAAAGUGACAAACAUAAGAAAGAUGACCGGAAAGAAGACAGUUCAGAGGACGAGUUAUAUUAUAAAGAACUUAAAUCUAGAAAAUCAAAAAAACUCUCGCGCAGCUCUUCAAGUGGUUCAACAUCGAAACACAGGUCAAAAAGCCGUUCGCCACCAAGGAAGAAAAGUUACCGAGGACCGAGUCCUCCCAGCCCCCCUCAUAUCCGACGCCAGUCUCCCUCCUCCUCCUCCCGCUCCCGCAAGUCCAAAGAUUCCCUCUCUCCGAUUGGUUCAUCUAAUGGUAAAUAUGGUUCACCUGCUCGUGUUGCGAAAAGUCGGCGUUCACCGUCACCUUCACGUACAAAAAGUAGUCGUAGGUCUUCUUCUCCUCGAAAUCGUAGAUCUCCUUCGCCUAGAAGUCGUCGGGGGAGUACGUCACCUUAUCGGUCGAGGUACCACUCGCCGGAAUCAUCAAGAAAGCAUCGACACAAACACAAAUACUGAGGAAUAUUUUAUUACAAUAAGGGAUUUCAUCAAUUUUAUGGAGGUUUGAACACACGCUCAAUAACAUUGAAAGAAGUUUUCUAUUUACUUCCAAGUUGGUUUUGUCAUUGUUUAGGUUUAAUUUUAUGUUUCACUAAGACGGAUUUGUAUGGUUCUUUUUAUGUAUAUUUUUGCCUUCUAUCAGUCAACUCUAUACUUGGCUCUUUUUAGUAAGAAAUGGACUAUUUAAUUUUUUUUUUGUUUUUUUACGUAAUGCAAAUCCAACACAGAAAAUGAAUAAAUAAAAUCGCUUGAAAAA